AUGUCGACGAACGUCCCCGUCGUCGUUGACGCGCGCGACGUCACGACGCGCCUCGCGACGCGCAUGUCGCGCGCGGUCCGUACCACCCCGCGCGUCCGCGUGUUCGCGUUCACGCGUGAACGCGUGCGACGACGACGGUCGACGCCCCCGAGUGCGUCGUACGAAAAGACGUGGAGCAACCCGUCGGGAAGCGUCAUCGAUGUCAUCGAUGAGAGACGUGACACCGGCGCCUACGCGUGCGCCCGGCCCUUCGUGUGGAACGACAUCGACGUCGGUGGACGCAUGGGCGUGGUGAAAAUGCACGACGGGUCGCUGUGGAUACACUCGCCGAUCGAUCUGGAUGCGAUGACGAAACGAGCGGUGGACGCGCUCGGUCCGGUGAAGUUUAUCGUGUCGCCGAAUUACGAGCACGUGAAAUACGCGAAAGCGUGGAAGGACGCGUACCCCGAGGCGACGCUGUACGGAUGCCCGGGAUUGAAGGCGAAAACGUCGGGGGUGAUUCCGUACGACGUCGAUCUCGGCGACGUCCCAGGGGCGUGUCCUCCCGAGUGGCGCGGCGAGUUCCAAUGCGAGCACUUCGACUCGGAACGGACCCCGAUACUCGGCGGGGCCUUUUUCAACGAAGUCGUGUUCCAUCACGUACCCACGGAAACGUUAUUCAUCACCGAUUUGGUGUGGACGUACCCCGAACGUCGCGUGGACGGCGUGGACGUCCCGCUCGGAACGCGCGCGUGGAAAGCGCUCAUGGACGAGCUCUAUUUACCCGUCUACCUGAACCUCAUGGUGCGCGAUCGCGCCAGGUUCGCCGCGAGCGUCCGAAGAUUAACGCACGAUUGGUCGUGGACGACGUUCGUGCCGUGUCACGGCACCGUCGAGCGCGGCGCGCGCGCGAGACAAAUCAUCCGCGACCACCUCUCGCGUUGA